AUGUCGGACCAGCAAUUUGCAAAGAUGGAAGACUUAAAUCCAAAAGAACCAGGUUCUAAUUUAAAGACCGAUGAUAGCAGAGAGCGAACAAUUAACAUCGUUGUUGGAAUUUUCAGUUUUAUUGUCCCAUUCUUAGGUUUUAUUUUAACCUGCGUUUAUUGGUCAACAAACAGAUUUAGAAGUUGGCUUUGCUUUGGAUUGGAUUCCAACAAUCACUCUUAUUGUUUUCGUGAUUAUUUACGCUUACGUUAUUUACAGCGUAACACAUGA